AUGGCUCAGGACUCCGACAACAACAACCACAACGCACCACCGGCAACCAGCUCCGACUCCAUGAGUCCCGGUAAGAACGACAACGGUAGCGAUGAGUCCAAGAGAAGCAACCAUCCGGUGAUUGUGAGUUCUAUUGACAAGGGGAAGAGUGUCAUAAAGAUAGAAGGAGAAGAUGAGGGUGUUAGAUCUAAGGGUAAGAUCAACACUCCACAUGUCAUAGCUGCUGCCAAACAUGGAAGAUCACGAGGCCGCCAUGGUGACAGAGAAUUGCACAUCAUCACGGAGCGCGAGAGAAGGAAACGGAUGAGCGAGAUGUUCACCAAGUUGCAUGGACUCCUCCCCACCCUUCCUGACAAGGUUGAUAAAUCGAGCAUAGUGAUGGAAGCUAUACACUACAUCAAGAGUCUGGAGGAGACGCUAAGCGAGCUUGAGAAGCAGAAGCUGGAGAUGCAGCUGGCACAAGGAAAGAUUGGCACCGCAACCAAUGAUGGGGUCUCAUCUUCUGCAGUGGCGCUAGCGCUUACAGACCGGGGGGCACCUAUGCCGGUAGCACUACCAGUUGCUGGGAUUGGGCCCACAGGAGCGGCGCCAACUCCACCUAUAACUGUGGGCGCGGUGACCGCGGCUCCAGCGCCAGUGGGGCUACAGACGUGGUCUGGGCCUAACGUCGUGCUGAGUCUGUCAGGAAAUGAUGCAUACAUCAGCGUGUGUGUGGCGCGGCGCCGGAGCGUGCUGCCUAUGGUGAUAGCCGUGCUCGAGAAGCACAACAUCGAUGUGGUCACAUCUGGGAUCUCGUGUGAUAACGCCCGGAGCAUGUUCACCAUCCACGCUCGCAUACGCGAAGCGAGUAGCCGGUUUGGAGAUAAUGUGCCAUCCGAAGAGAUAUACAAGCUCGCAGUGUCAGAGAUAAUGGUUUGGCUUUCUGUAUAA